AAACGUGAAAACAAACAAGAAUCUUGUUCGUUCAAAACCAGAGACACAGCACACAGUCUCUCAACAACGCAGCACGCCACUACUCUUCAACCACCGCCACCGUAACUCUUCCUCUCCGAUUCCGCCGCACGCCGCCGUGCUCAGCCAAACACCAUGCCUUCCAGUCACUUACUUCUCGAGGAACCUAUUCGGAUGGCUUCCAUCCUUGAACCAUCCAAAGCUAGUUUUUUCCCAGCAAUGACUAAGAUCGUUGGUACACUGGGUCCUAAAUCUCGAUCUAUUGAAGCUAUUUCUGGUUGUCUCAAGGCUGGCAUGUCUGUGGCUCGGUUUGACUUUUCAUGGGGUAACCCUGAGUAUCACCAGGAGACUUUGGAGAAUUUAAAGGCUGCUAUCAAGGGUUCCAAGAAGCUCUGUGCUGUUAUGCUGGACACUGUGGGUGCAGAGAUGCAGGUUGUUAACAAAGCUGAGACAGCAAUCUCACUUCAGGCAGAUGCUGAGGUUGUUCUAACUCCUGACGAGGGACAACAAGCUUCUUCAGAGUUAUUGCCUAUCAACUUUGAUGGACUGGCCCAGGCAAUGAAGAAGGGAGACACAAUUUUUAUUGGUCAAUACUUGUUCACAGGAAGUGAAACUACUUCUGUAUGGCUAGAGGUAUCUGAAGUCAAAGGAAAAGAUGUUGUUUGUAUUAUCAAGAACUCGGCUACAUUGGCUGGGUCGUUGUUCACUUUGCAUGCCUCUCAAAUUCAUAUUGAUUUGCCUACCCUCACUGAGAAAGACAAGGAGGUUAUAAGCACCUGGGGAGUUAAAAACAAAAUUGAUUUUCUGUCAUUGUCAUAUACUCGACAUGCUGAAGAUGUUCGCCAGGCUCGUGAAUUCCUUUCUAAGCUAGGCGAUCUUAGCCAGACUCAAAUUUUUGCAAAAAUUGAAAAUGUUGAGGGGUUGACCCAUUUUGAUGAGAUUCUGCAAGAAGCUGACGGUAUUAUCCUUUCUCGUGGAAAUUUGGGCAUUGAUCUUCCACCAGAAAAGGUGUUUCUAUUUCAGAAAUCUGCCCUAAACAAAUGUAAUAUGGCAGGGAAACCUGCUGUGCUUACACGUGUUGUGGACAGCAUGACUGACAACUUAAGACCAACUCGUGCUGAAGCCACUGAUGUUGCCAAUGCUGUUUUAGAUGGAAGUGAUGCAAUACUUCUGGGUGCUGAGACUUUACGUGGGUUGUACCCUGUUGAGACUAUUUCGACUGUUGGUAGAAUUUGUUCAGAGGCUGAGAAGGUUUUCAACCAAGACAUUUAUUUUAAGAAGACAGUCAAAUUCGUUGGAGAACCCAUGACCCACUUGGAAUCUAUUGCAUCCUCUGCGGUACGAGCUGCUAUUAAGGUGAAGGCUUCUAUUAUAAUUUGCUUCACUUCAUCUGGAAGGGCUGCAAGGUUGAUAGCAAAGUAUAGGCCAACAAUGCCAGUUCUCUCUGUUGUGAUCCCCAGACUCAAGACAAAUCAGCUAAAGUGGAGCUUUAGUGGUGCUUUUGAGGCAAGACAAUCACUUAUUGUACGAGGCCUCUUCCCCAUGCUUGCUGAUCCUAGACACCCUGCUGAGUCAACCAGUGCAUCAAAUGAGUCUAUUCUCAAGGUUGCACUUGAUCACGGGAAAGCAAUGGGAAUUAUCAAGCCACACGAUCGAGUUGUUGUUUGCCAGAAACUUGGCGAUGCAUCUGUGGUUAAGAUUAUUGAGCUUGAAGAUUGAAGUGCAUUGAUCCAACUAUGUUUUUAGUUUUAGUUUUUAAAAACCCUUCCCAAGUUCUUGAAAGUUGCAGAUGAUUCUGCUGCAAGUGGAGAGGUUUUCUCCACUUGAUUUUGAUGGCUAAUUUAUAUUCCAUGUAUCGGAAAUGGAAUGUGAUACCAAUUUGAGGGAAUGUGCCCCUUGGUUCCAAUUUUUUCGGUUUAAUAUUCAUACAAGGACACAGUUCGAAAAUGUGCUUAUUGGAUACUGUUGCCAAACUAAUAAUGAAUUCUUAGUAGCUUGUUUUUUGUGUGGCUAAAUACGCUUAUGAAGUGGUUAAUACUUCUCUUUCUCA